GCUGUAUCAAUCACGUGACUUUUUUGUUAACUCGACACACGCACGGAUACAGGUUUCGCUCUGUGAGCUUGAUACGUGCGUCAGUGUUGCUGGACCCAUCACUAUUAAUUUGCACGAAGUGGACAGCUCGCUGCUGUCUCUCCUUUAAACCGGUUCCAGGCGCCUGAUUGUGAUGCACUCAGGAAGUUCACCACGAAAACUUCAUCGUCACAUGUUUGCUCACUUCCAUGGAGAGGAGCUCCUGGUUCCUGGAAGCUGAGCACGAAUGAAGGGGAAUAUUAUCAUCUUGAUACUUCUGUCUUUAUGUGUGUUUGCUGGGACUCAGAGUGUCUAUGAGGCCAAGGAGGGCAGCAACAUCACCAUCAGACUGGACCGUCAGCUCCAAGCUGACGUGUCUCUAGCUCACUUGAUGUGUGUUUUCCUCUCAGAUAAUGGAAAGACUUUGUUUAAAAUGAUCAGAGGAGUGGAGGAUUCUGAGUCUCAGCAUGACCAGUUUGCAGGACGGGUUCAGAUUGACAGAGACGCUCUGAGAGGAGGAAGAAUCGGACUUCACGUGUCCAGAGUCACAGCUGAAGACUCUGGAAACUACCGCUGUGAUCUGGCUGCUGAUUAUAACAAGGUGCUGAGGAGAUGGGAGCUCGAGGCCUCUGAAAAUUUCAUCUUGAAUGUGACUCCCCUUCAUUCAGUGAGCAGUGACGGCUUCCACACAACACCAAAACCAACUGAAGGAGCAAGAAGUCCAGAGGAGAAACACAGAGCUUAUGACUGGAACAAAGUUAAAACUGUUUUAGGAGCUCUAAAUGUUGGAGCUCUAAUGCUUGGUGGUUUAGUGUUGGUGAUAGAAGGAGCUAGGAGAUGUCUGCAAGCAAUACUGUGAAAGUUUUUUUUCCCUGUUGUUGAAUUUUAACCGAACAAUUUUUAUGCUCUGAUUUAUGUAUUGAUUUAUUUCGGUUUGCACCGAUAAAGACAAAAGCCUAGGUCUUUAUAUUCAAAGAUUCAUUUGAAGUUACAUUUGCUCUAAAUGCACAUUUCUCAGUAUCAUUUUGGCUCCAGACAGCAGAUCCCCUUCGUGGUCUCCUGGAAAUAAUAACCACAACUUUUCAACCGUUCUCAGUAUCAGCUUCAACUAUGAACAUGAAUUAUGAAAGAAAAAUAAUUGAACUUGCACUUUUACUCUUUUUAAUAUGACCUUAGACAUUUUAAGUGGGUUUUCUGUCUCUGCAGAGAACUCACUCUCUGUGCAGCAUUUCAGCUCAAAAUUUACAAUGACUCAUUUCAAUGUUCUCACAGUAACAUUACAGUAAUGUUACAGCAACACCCUUAAUUUGUAUAAAAAAAUUAAAGUGGCAGGACAUAAAACCAUUGAUGUAAUUGUUUGGUCUUUACAAAUCACAUCUGACUUAAACAAAGAUAAAAACAAUGAAUGUAAUAACUGCACCCUUCAGUUUGACAGACAUGUUUCAGUCUUGGAUUAAAGCUGCAACAGUCUCAUGUAUGUAACGUUAAAUAUCUGAAUUAAGCACUUUUUAAAUCUGAUGCUUGCAAUAAUUUCUAUUAACAUAAGCUUCACCUUAAAACACCUUUUUUCUGUUUCAUGUAAAAAUGAAAAAAUAUCAGUGUUUAUGGGUUUUUUGGUGUUAUUUCUGUUUAGUUUUUUAUUGGUUUUAUAAACUUCUUUAUACAUUCACUCUUUUUAAUCUGUGAAGCACUACCCAAGUUUUUUGAGGAUAUUGAUUUGUAUUUGUAUUUACAUAAAUGUUUUUUUUUUAAACUAUAUGUUGGAAUUUUAACAAAGUAAAAUGUGUAUGUGAAUAUAAUAGUCUGGUAGGAAUGUGUUAUGGUGACAUUUGUUAUCAAGAAAAUUGCUGUAUGAUUUUCUUUGUUUAUAUUUUUUUUUCUUAAUUUGUUGUAAUAAAUUUUUCUUAAUUUGUUGUAAUAAAUUGAUUGAUAAAUCAAUAAAAAAAUGUUUCU